AUGAACAACCCCGUCACCAGCAACGACAUCAUGGCAGUCCGCAAGCGAAAGACACAUCGCAAGUCUCGCCUCGGCUGCGGCAACUGCAAGAUUCGCAGUAUCAAGUGCGAUGAAUCAAAGCCCUCCUGUCGCCGCUGCCACGCAUCAGGCUUCACAUGCAACUACUCCCGCACCAUCCCAGCCCUCCAGCUCUCCCACGCAAACGUUUUCAGCCUCAGUCUCGAUCUCGGGCAUACCAAACCUCACACCGUUCAAGCAGACUCCUAUGCGACGGACAGCAUGUUGAAGGAGUCUUUCCUUCAGCCGGGUCUCCAGAUCCCCAUCGUCUUGCCCCUACAGGGCAAAAUGGGCACUUAUACCCUCCGACCACAAGACUACGCCGCUCUCAGCCGUUUCCAAACAAGGACAGGAGAGACGCUUGGGAAUGCCGCCUCGAGGAAAUGUUACAGCAAAGUCAUGGCCAGCCUCGCCAAAGAACACCCCUUCCUCUACCACUUCUUCCUCCUCCUCUCCCUCCUCCACGACGUCCACCUCUCCCCCACACCCCCAUCCGCAUCUCACCAGUCCUCCCUCGCCUUCCACUGGUACCAUGGCACCGCCCUCCUCUCCCACUUCCUCUCCCUCCCUUCCCCCUCGACGACCCUCUCCUCCUCCCACCGAGAUGCCCUCUGGAUAUCCGCAGCCAUCCUCGGCGCCGCAUCCUUCGCCUCUAUCCGCACGCAAGACCCUUACGCAGCUUGGCCACUCGCCGAUCCAGAUCCCGCAAGCGACCUCGACUGGCUCAAGAUGGGCCACGGAAAGCGCGCCGUCUGGUCCAUCACCGAUCCGACUCGCCCGGAAAGCGUCUUCCAUAACAUCCUCGACAACACCCCCAUGCAGCGCAACCAUUUUGCUACUUCCGCACCGAUCCCUCCAGAUGCUUUACCCAAGGCCUUUUACACAGUCUUCAAUCUGUCCUCUUCUCCAGAAGAUAUUCUAGGAAACCCGUACCACAGCCCCUGCUCCAUCCUAGCGACCAUCUGGAAUAUCCGCAUCAAUGAUGAUAACGUCAUCUUCUUCCUCAGCUUCAUCACCCAAAUCGACCCGCGCUACCGCUCCCUCGUCGAAGAAAAGGACCCUCGCGCGCUGUUGCUACUGCUGUACUGGCAUUCCAUCGUGAUGCAUCACGACAAAUGGUGGUUGCGUAGACGAUGUGACGUGGAGGCCAGGGCGAUUUUGAUCUACGUUGAGCGGAAUUGUGCGGACGAUGAGGAUAUCAUGGAGUUGCUGGAGGUUCCCAGGGCGAGGUUGGAAAGGGGGAUCGUGAAAGAACAUGAUGGGUCAAAGCUUGAAUGA